UCGACUUUUUCCAGAGUCACUCAUUCGUAAGGCAUUGAUAAGAAUGAAGAUUCUUUUGAUAUCCAUGCUGGCCCUGCUCCUGGUUGUUGCGAUGUGCAACGCAGGGAAACGUGGAAAUAGUUCAGGCCAUAAACAUAAAGACAGCAAAAAUAAGCCGGGAAGUAAUUCAGUCAGUACCAGUAAAGAAAAUAGAGGCAGUGGCAGCAAUAAAAAUAAAGACAGCGGCAGUGACAGCGAUAAAAAUAAAGACAGCGGCAGUGACAGCGAUAAAAAUAAAGACAGCGGCAGUAGUAGCAGCAGCAGCAGCAGUGGAAGUAGUAGCCGAAGCGACAGCGAUUCCGGUGAACAAGAAGAAAUUAUAACGGGACCUCUCUGUGACUGCAUGGAUUUCAAGUUCUUUUCUAACAAAAAAUCCUGGUUCGAUGCAAAAGCGUCUUGUGAAGAUAAUUUGGGAAGACUGGCGAUUGUCACAAAUGAAGAGCUACAAGCAAUGAUCGAGAAUCAACUUCAAAGUAAUACACUGGAAUCUGGUUUAUGGGUUGGGUUGAGUGACGUAGAUAUUGAGAGCGAGUUUAUUUGGGAUGAUGGUACGAAGAUCUGUUAUUCUAAUUGGGCUGAUUGGGCGCCCGCUACCGACGGAAACGACACUGACUGCGUGAUGAUCAGAGGGGAUAACUAUCAAUGGCAGGACGCUGACUGUUAUGAACCACGUGGUUACAUAUGCGAAUUCCCAGCGUUAGACAUAAUUACCAGGCCAAUCAUAAAACAAUCAGUGCCUUCCCCAGUGGAAAGGAUUUUAAAUUCUAGAGCAGUAUCAAAUAGUAUUAAUAUUGCAAAUGAGGCAACCAAUCAAGAGACAGUUACAAUUUUACCUACAAGGUCAUUGCAGUCUACUAUUGAUUUUAUCGCAAGUGAUUUGCCAACUGCAGUGGAGCUUACUCCAUCAUCACUCUUUUCAACAAGUAUGGAAUUAGAAUCUGUGUCAUCCACUGUUACAGCUGUAUUAUCAACUCAGCCAACCCCAGAAUUGAGUUCAUCAAUAUUAGAAGCAUUAUUGUCAGCCUCAGCUACCAAGAUUCAUCCCACCUUCACACAAAGUGUAAUACAAUUGUCAAGCUCAGAAGGCCUUCAAUUAAGUCCUUCCUUGAGUCAAAUGGAAUCAUCAACUGGAGUUGAAAGUAUUAUUGAACCAUCUACAACAUUUUUGCUCUCUCCAUCUGCAGUUAGUUUGCCUUCAUCAAUGGAGAGCAUUCCCACCUCUGUAGUUAGUAUGUCAGAUAUUGUUCAAGCAAGUAGCACAGUGAAAGAAUUAACAAGUUUAGGUACAGUCGUUUCAACAGAAAGCAUAAGCUCACCAGCUUCAUAUUCCUUUUUUGAACCUACUGCAUCAGGUAUUUCCAGUCUUGUAGUUGAGCCAAGCUUGUUGUUAUCAGACAGUAUAUCUUUGUCAAACAUACUCUCGCCAACUUAUAGCAGUCAGGAUGUCUGGACUGCCAGUGACAGUUAUGUAGCGAGUGAUUCAAUGGUAUCUACUGUUCUGGUCUCCAGUUUUGAUUUAUAUCCCAGCGUACUAACUGAACUCGCAUCUAUGUCAGUCAUCAGCCAAACUCCAGAUUUAUCAACAACUUUCACAAUGUUUAGUGAAUCCAUCAUCCUCCCAACAAUGUCCCUGGAGGUUUCAGAAAGUAACAUAAUAACAACUGUACCUUCAUCAAUUAUAAAACCAACCACUUGGAUGACAAACAGUUUUAUUGCACCUAGUGAAUCUUUCACAACAGAAUCAGAGCUAAGCAGCAUGAUACCAACUAUAUCAGCAAUGGAUUCAGAGAGUGAAAUAUUCACCAUACAACCCUCAUCAAUUAUACCAAGUGAAUUCAUGACAACAGAAUUUGUGCUGUCCACUGUAUCUAUGUCACCAGAGGUUUCAGAGAGUGAAUUCUUUACCAUAAUUCCUACAUCAAUUAUACCAUCCUUCAGUGAGAUCAUGGAUGCUUCUUCUGUAAUUAUUCCUACUGAACGUUUCAGUUCAGUUUUAGUACCAAGUGAAUCCUUGACAACAGAAUCUGUGCUUUACACUCAAUCUAUGUCACCAGAGGUUUCAGAGAGUGAAUUGUUCACCAUAAUUCCUACAUCAACUGUACCAUCCUCCAGUGAGACUAUAGACACUUCUUCUGUAAUAAUUCCUACUGAAAGUUUCAGUUCAGUUUUAGUUCCAAGUGAAUCCUUUACAACGGAAUCUGUGCUUUCCACUCCAUCGAUGUCACCAGCGUUUUCAGAGAGUGAAUUGUUCACUGUAAUUGUACCAUCCUCCAGUGAGACUAUAGACACUUCUUCUGUAAUCAUUUCAACAGCGAGUUUCAGUUCAGUUUUAGUACCAAGUGAAUCCUUGAUGACAGAAUCUGUGCUUUACACUCAAUCUAUGUCACCAGAGGUUUCAGAGAGUGAAUUGUUCACCAUAAUUCCUACAUCAACUGUACCAUCCUCCAGUGAGAUUAUAGACACUUCUUCUGUAAUCAUUUCUACUGAAAGUUUCAGUUCAGUUUUAGUACCACGCGAGUCCUUGAUGACAGAAUCUGUGCUUUACUCUCAAUCUAUGUCACCAGAGGUUACAGAGAGUGAAUUGUUCACCAUAAUUCCUACAUCUAUUGUACCAUCCUCCAGUGAGACCAUAGAUGUUUCUUCUGUAAUCAUUCCUACUGAAAGUUUCAGUUCAGUUUUAGUACCAAGUGAGUCCUUGAUGACAGAAUCUGUGCUUUCCACUCCAUCUAUGUCACCAAGUGUUUCAGAGAGUGAAUUGUUCACCAUAAUUCCUACAUCAAUUGUACCAUCCUCCAGUGAGACCAUAGACGCUUCUUCUGUAACUAUUCCUACUGCGAGUUUCAGUUCAAUUUUAGUACCAAGUGAAUCCUUUACAACAGAAUCUGUGCUUUCCACUCCAUCGAUGUCACCAGCGUUUUCAGAGAGUGAAUUGUUCACCAUAAUUGUACCAUCCUCCAGUGAGACUAUAGACACUUCUUCUGUAAUCAUUUCAACAGCGAGUUUCAGUUCAGUUUUAGUACCAAGUGAAUCCUUGAUGACAGAAUCUGUGCUUUACACUCAAUCUAUGUCACCAGAGUUUUCAGAGAGUGAAUUGUUCACCAUAAUUCCUACAUCAAUUGUACCAUCCUCCAGUAAGACCAUGGACACUUCUUCUGUAAUCAUUCCUACUGCGAGUUUCAGUUCAGUUUUAGUACCAAGUGAAUCCUUUACAACAGAAUCUGUGUUUUCUACUCCAUCUAUGUCACCAGCGGUUUCAGAGAGUGAAUUGUUCACCAUAAUUCCUACAUCAAUUGUACCAUUCUCCAGUGAGACCAUAGGUGCUUCUUCUGUAAUCAUUCCUACUGCGAGUUUCAGUUCAGUUUUAAUACCAAGUGAAUCCUUGACAACAGAAUCUGUGCUUUACACUCCAUCUAUGUCACCAGAGGUUUCAGAGAGUGAAUUGUUCACCAUAAUUCCUACAUCAAUUGUACCAUCCUCCAGUGAGACCAUCAUUGCUACUGCGAGUUUUAGUUCAGUUUCAAUACCAAGUGAAUCCUUGACAACAGAAUCUGUGCUGUACACUCCAUCUAUGUCACCAGAGGUUUCAGCGAGUGAAUUCCUCACCAUAAUUCCUACAUCAACUGUACCAUCCUCCAGUGAGACCAUAGAUGCUUCUUCUCUAACCAUUUCUUCUGAAAGUAUCAGUACACUUAUAGUACCAAGUGAUUCUGUUCUGCCUACUCGAGUAAUGUUCUCUUCUAUCACUGAACUGUUAAGCAGCAUCAGACCGUCCAAGUCACUAGAUAUUUCUGAGAGUGAACUGUUCACCAUACAUCCCUCAUCAAUUGUACCAUCCUCCAUUGAGACCAUAGAUACUUCUGCUGUAAUCAGUCCUACUGAAAGUUUCAGUUCAGGUAUUGGGCAAUCCCCUGUAACAUCAUCGUCUGUGAGCUCAGGAAGCUUGGCAACUUUCACAAUGACAACUAUAUUACCAACUAUAUUGCCAACAUCUGUUGCUGCAUCACUAACACCCUCAGUUAGUCUAGAAUCAACAUCCGUGCUACAAUCAUCAAUGAUAUCAACCUUGACUGUCUCUCCCUCUGUAGUUGAGACAGAAUCAUUAUCACCAAUAAGUUUAAAAUCCACAUCUGUUGUGAUGACAACUUCUGUUGCCAUUUCAACAUCAUGGCUACCAACUUCUAGUUUUCCAUCUACAAGCAGUUUAAUAACACCUUCUCCCAGCUUUAGUCCCACAGUUCAACCGACCUCAAUAACUCCAUCACCUGUACCACCAGAUGAGUACAUACUUACAAUGCAAAUAAGGAUUAUCAAUGGCGAACCUAAUGAUACAACCACUUGGGAAAAAGUUGAGAAUGACUUAGCCAUAUUGUAUGAUCGUGGUAAGCAAAACUUGAUGAUCGAAAGUUCCAGACGUAAACGGGAUGUUGAAAACAACUCAAGUGUAAUGCGAGACAUAUUCAAAGUGGAAUAUUUAAAUGACUACAAUGCAUCACAUCUGAUUGGUACAAAAUUUUCUGAAACUGAAGCAUUUGCUCUCAAGACACUGUAUGAUGGAACAUGGAACAAUUUACAAUAUUCUGAGGAAAUUCGUCACAGACGAGAAGCAGGAGAUAACACAACACCUGCACCUGUAGAUACAGAAGUCACGAUUACUGAUUUGACACCCUUGGGAGAUGAUGAAUUUGAGGUGUUAUUUUAUGUGGUAGACGACGGAACACCUGUACCUGCUACCAAGGCAACUGAAGCCUAUGCUACCAUGACAACCGAGGAGAUGAGUGCGACCCUUGGCCAGGAAGUGACGGCUUCCCCCACGCCAUACCUACAAGAAGAAACAGACAAUACUCUGUGGAUCAUUAUUGGCGUUGUCGCAGGAGUCAUUCUCCUCAUCAUCAUUAUCAUCAUUAUCUAUUGUUGCUGGAAGAAAAAAUGCUGCAAAUCUGGUAAAGAUGAAAUUGCAUCAGAUUCAAAAACGAAGACACAGAAAAAGGGAAUGACUGACAAGACGACUAGUAUAGACAUGGCUGGUCUGCGUAUCGACAUCGAAAGAGGCGAGAUUAUCACCACAAGCACCAAUCUAAAUAAACACAAACCCAAAACUAACGGUCAUGUGCAGGAGACAUCAAUUGACAAGGAGUUCUUAGAAGAUGCUAAUGCUAUUCCAAAGAUGGAUAGAACUGAUAAAAUCAGCUUAAUUUCUGAAUCUGGUGAUGGUGACAGUCUAAGUAUCAAAGCACGGAGAAUAGAAGAUAUGCCAGCAGACAGAAGACCAAGAUCCUAUGGUGGACUCACUACACCUGUGAAAUUAGUCAGCUCUUAUGAGAGCUUGUCUUCACUUGUCAGCAUGGAGCAGGAAGGUCCCGACAGAGAUGCAGGACUGUUUACCCAUGUUGCACUCAUGAAUAAGAUUGAUGAGGAUGCAGAGGGGAAAACGCCACCUGUACGAUUUAAACCAAGUUUACAACCUGAGGAAGAUGGCAUGUUGAAUCUCGCUAAUCUACCGUCAUUGCAACAAACGCCACUAGUCAUGAGUAUGGAUGACGAUACCAAGCAAAUACGAAUGAUGAAAGCAGCUGGUGUUCCAAAGAUUUGGUACAAGACUAAAAAAGACUUAGAUCCAGAACAGUUAAAGGAAGAAAUAGAAAAAUGGAAGUUAAAAAGAAAGGAAAAGGAGAAGUUAAGAAAAGAAAAAGAAAAAAAAAGAGCAGAGCGAAGGAAACGACGAGAACAAGGACUGCAGGGGGUUGAUAACCCAUCUCGGGAAAUUGAAAGAGAGGCUUGGUUGGCGGCACAACCUGAGCUUGAAGCUAUCUUGGGUGAAGACCCCAGCCCAGCUACAAAAAAGUAUUUAAGGCGCAUGCAAGAAUCCCACAGUGACCGUUGGAAGAAACACCCACACAAAGCGAUGCCAUCAACGACCAUACCAAAUGCUGAAGCACCACAGUUUAAUGUGAAAAAACUUGGUCGUAAUAUGCGCGCCAAACCUAACAAAGUAUCGGCAGACACCGUGGCACAACCAGGUCAAGAGAACGUACAGUUACUGAAUGUCCGACCAAUUGGUACUAUUCCACGUGAGGGAGCAUACUGGGGUGAAACUGUUGACGUACCGGUGUAUGCUGCAGUACCAAUGCAAUCAGACUACGCUUGGAUGCCACAGGUGACUGACCUUGGUGGUUCUCAGCAGUUGCCACAACAAUAUAUGCAGCAACCGUUGCCACAACAGUAUAUGCAACAAGAGAUUCCACUUCAACAGAUGCCACAACAGAUGCAACAGCAGCUGUUCCAACCAGUGGAUACACACCCUAUUUAUCAAGAACAACUAGAGCUGCAGAGACUACAAGAUGAGAUGGAGAACCAGAGGCGGAGGGAACAAGAAAAAGCUGAGAUCAAUCGACUAUUGGAUGAGGCAUUCUCAUUAACUAAUACCCCACUGCCAAUAUCGCAGGGAUUUUCACCUUCCUCCGGGAUAGAUAUUUCGCCAAGAUCAGGGUCGUCAGGUAUAGCACCCGGAAUUAUAUUAGAUCCGGCAUCUUUGGAAAGGACGCCUAAAAAUCCAUCCAUGAUUCCUGGUGCAGUGUCAACUGGAAACAUCUUCCCAAAUCAGAUAGGUUCUCUUCCUAGAUCAGGUUCUUAUUCUGAUAAUAAUUUUUCACAUCAGUUUGGAAUGCCAACGACUGAUGUUGGAUACACUCCUCUUGGAAGUGUGCCCAGACAAUCGAUGUUUCCGCAUCAGCAACAAUCUCAGAAUAUUUUCCCUGUGCAACAAUCACCAAUGCUACAAAGGCAUCAGCCGCUCAUACAACCGCAACCACAGUAUGGAACAGCAGCGCCCCAAAAUGUGAGUCAGGGAUUGGCAGGUCGAAGGUCACUCAACCCUGGGGCAGAGCAACUUGAGAGAGAGAAUGCCUCUUUGAGUGAACAGUUGAGAUUGCAGCGACUUCAAUUAGAUAACACCUUAUCUGAACUGGGACAGGCUCAAAGCAGACUGCAACACUUGGGUGAAGGUAGUUCAUCUAGGGACUCGCCAUUAUCACAUUUGUCAAGGCUCCAGAGAAAAGUGGCUCCAGCAGCCUCUCUCUACAGACCUGAGGAAUUAGCGGGGCCUGCUGAAGGUUGGUCGACGACUAAAGGACACAGAGGCCCAGAUGGACGUACUUCACUUACAGACAGUAUUAUUUCAAGUUCUCAACCACAUGGCAGUGGUUCAACAAGGCACCAAUCAGCUGAAAGACAAAGGUCACCAGUCAGCAGUAAAGGUGAUGAUGUCAUUACUGAUGGACAGGAGGGUUCAGGAAGAUCCAGAUCUUCGUCAUCGGGAAAAGAGCCGCACCUGACCUCCGCCAGUAUUCCAGGUGUCUCGUCAUCAGACACAUUAACAAGGGAACAAAGAGAAGCAAUCAUUCAAGGCAUGAAAAAUUAUGAAGUCUGA